CCUAGGACAGGUGCUUCCUCCCGCUUCGUGUCCCGCCCGUGCACCUGCGUCACCAGAGAAGGUUGCUUUGCGCUCAUUUGGCUUCCUCGCGACGCGUUCUUCUCUUCCGAGCGACUCCUGCGCUACUCUCACUGACAGUCUGACAGCUGCGCCCACUAGACAGAGCCCCACCUGUCAUCUGCUACCCCUGCCUCCUUGAACAGACCGGGUCGCCACCUUCUCUUCGCGCUCACUGACAAGGGAGGGAGGGAGGCCACGCCCACGCUCGACUCUCUUGCCUCCGUGUACCUCCUCGCGGCGCGUGCCGAGGUGGAGGAGGAGCAGGGGAAGGGGAGCUACCUGCCGUUGCGUGCCAGCUACUACACCUUCCAGCUCCCGGAUCGAAGCACGGGUCGGUUAAAGCACGGGGCCCCGAGCGGCACGGCCGACUUGGCAGCAGCCAGCAGGUGAGGCGGAGGGAGAGGGAUGAGCAGCCUCGCUAUAGUGGAGAAGAAGCCGCCGCCGUUCCCCGGCGGCGGCUGCACGGGCGGCGUGCUCUUCCACCUCCUGGACUGGCACCGCCGCCUCGCCUGCAAGCGCAGGCUCUUCUCCCCGCGUCGCCUCCUCCCUUCGUCCCUCCGCUCCUCGUCCCCACGCAGGCUCCCGUGCCCGCCUCCUGCUGCCUCGCCGCCACCGCCGACGCUGCCACAUCCGGCCGAUGGGGCCGCCCCGGGCGUUGUCGCGCGCCUCAUGGGCCUGGAGUCCUGGCCCGCCACCGCCACCGCCGCGCCGCCGAGACCGCAGAAGCAGAGGAAGGUGGAGGCGUCGCGCGCGGACGGCGCUGACUCGGCGGUCGUGCUCGUGCUGCCUACGACCCGGAGCCGUCGACCUCCCGCGUCCGCGCCCGUGCCGACGGCGAGGAGCCACCACGGGGCCGACCUGCCAGCGCGGAGCCCGAGGCGGACCCGUCUCGUGCACGCGGCCGCGGCGAAGCUGCUGCAUCCGGGCGCGCGCGCCGGCUCACGCGCAAGCGCCAGGCUGGCCCUCGCGUACGCUUGCUCUUCGCCGCAGCACCGCAAGGAUGACCACGCCGGCACCUUGUUUCAAGGCUCCGGAAUGACCGACGACUUCCUAUCUCGCUCUGAGAGCUUGCCCUUGGAGCGUUCUGCACUGCUACAGGUACAGCCUCCUGGUCUUCCUGCGGAGACAGAUUGUGACACCGCUGUUGUAUCGCGUAGGCACGACCAUUGUUCCACUAAUAACGUCGAUGCAGCGAUCAGUGCCAGUACGGUAGUGUUGCCUAGAAUGGGUUUUGGUGAUGGAAACAGGAGUAAACGGAGCUCUGAUGUGGAUGCUAAGCACAAGGGGAGUGGAAUUAGAAAUGACGUAACGCGCACUUGUGCCAGGGCUAGAUCGAGCGGUGCUGCCGUUCAAACUGGAGAUGAGAGGUUGUUGCGCAAACGAGCAACACCUACUCGGCCGGAGGUUUCUGGGAUGCCAGAGUCUGGGGACUUGGCUGGUUCGACGCGCCUAGCUGGGGGUGCUCGUGACUUGGUAUCUGCUACUAGGAAGUUUGCACACGGUGGUUCUGGUCCAAGAAGAGAGUUCGCGGGAUCGAUCAGUGGACAAGGGAGCACGACCCACAGGGAUUUGAACAGCCAAAAUGGGUUAGCAUCCACAAGUAGGAUUUCAAGCAAUGGAUCUGGGCAUAAAAGGGGAUCAGGGAGAAAGGUGGGGCAUGAUAGAGCAAUAAGUAACAGAGAUGACAGAAAUGCAAUUGCAUUUACUUCUAGAUCAUCUACAAAGCCAGUGGCCAGAGCUUCGUCACAGAGCAAUCUAUUGAAGAGUGGAUCCCCAAAUAGACUAGCACCUGAUACAACUCGCACACGAGUUCUGGCUCCUGAAAAAAGAUACAUUGAAGCUUCACCUUCUUUUAUGUCUACUUCCGAGAAAGGUGAAUUUAGCAGGCUGUUGAAAGCAAAAAUCAAUGAGCUUGGCAUGUCGGACAGGAUUGAGUGUACACCAGAUGAUUCACCUUCAGGAAAACUGACUGUACCUGUGUUGCAAGAGCUCAUUUCUGCCCUUACAAACGACAUGAGCACUCCAAUCUCCCAAUGUAGCAACUACUCUGCUGCAUCAGCACCCUUAAGUUGCAAUGGAAAUGUUGACUGCAUCAAUGAACCACAUUGUAUAUUCUCCAAUGAUCAAUCACCUGAUUUCCAGAAAUGCUUUAAGGGUGAACAAGAUGUUGAUUCUUCUGCCGCAUCAUUAAACAAUGAGCCCAAUCAGCCAAGUCCAACGUCAGUCCUUGAAGCAUCCUUCUCAAAUGAUACUUCUUUAGGAAGUCCAGUUGAAAAAAAUGAAGGAAAAGACUUAAUCAUGUCAAUUGAGAACAAAAUGGAAGAUCUCUUUAAUUUGGAGUCUGACAUUGUCGAUUUAGCAAUGUCAAUUGACACGAGGAAAACUGAUGCUGAAGAAACACACCGUGACAAUGACAAGUUAUCAUGUUUACAGAAUUUUCUUGCACAUGAUUUCAACAUCUUAGAAUCCAGGCUCUGCAGCAUUAGAGAAGCUAUUUCAAAUGCUGAACUGCUUGUGGGCAGUAGCCUCUCGCGUAGCACAGCAUCAGGUCUCCCACUCCACCCUUUCAUUGUCGAAAUGCUGGAAAACACCAUGGAUAUGUUUAGUGGAGGAGAGUAUUCAGGUUUCACUGAAGAUAAGAAGUAUCAACGUACCAACUUCCUGUUUGACUGCAUCAUAGAGUCACUGGAUUCAAAAUUCUGCAAUUUCGGCAAAUGUGGAUACAAGGCCUGGCUGAGCCUGCCUCUCAGUUUGAGCGAGGACCUGCUGAAGCGCCAGGUAUUGGAAGACAUCGGCAACUGGAGGGAGUCGAGUGGGACUGCUCUUAGACAAGUCUCUGACAAAGAAGUGGACCAAGUGACUGACAGGUGGGAUGCAAGCCAGGUUGAAGCAUUUGACAUAAGCAUUGCAAUCGAGAACGACAUUCUUGAGGCGCUUGCCGGUGAGUUCGCACUCGACCUGUGGUGAAACACGGCGUAUUGGCUGCUGUAUGUGAGAUAUUGACAUGUUUGGACUUUCUGCUCGCAUGAUCAAUUACGUAUAAAUAAGAGAUACUGCGGAUAUCUUUGUUUUUUUUUCCCUGCAGCAAAUUUUGUACAGAGCCAUGUAAGGUUGAAGGACCUCCCGGUUGUUUUGCCCUUUGUAUGCUGUAACCGAAACGUGCUAAAGCCUAAAAGUGUCUCCUACUUUUGGCGCUUUUUUUUUCUUUUCGUCGCUCCUCUUUUUACCCAGCUGAUAACAACAUUGUACGCCAGGGUACGUUUUGUUGUGUGUGAUGAAAAAGGCACUUUUUUU